AUGUAUGCCCACAAGAAGGGUGGUGGUGUAACCACAAACAAAACCUCACAACUAAUCAAGAUUGUUGAUUCGAGCACUGGAAACGCAUUGCUACCACACAAGUCAACCACACCACAACCAACUGUUCCUACUGUCUUUACCUUCAACUGGACAAGAUGCAAGGACAUACCAGAGGAGAUGAUUGUGUUCGGUCAUCCUGUGGCUAUCAACAGGAAGCUACACAUGAGCGGCAGGAGUAACGUGACUCGGACUGUGCUAGUGUACACACCAAAUCAGGAUAGCUGGGAUGAGCUGCCACCUCCUCCAGUGAGGAACUUCACCAUAGCAACACUGAGAGGUCAACUGCUACUGGUCGGAGGUCAGGACAAGUCUAUUUAUGAGAGGACGAAUACCAUCCUAACAUUCGAUGAGAGCUCUCGACAAUUAGUCCAGUUAUCACUUCCCCGCAUGCCAAAAGCAAUAACUGAGCCAGCAGUUGUUGAAUAUCAGAACCAUCUGAUUGUUAUCGGUGGAGAUGAAUCAAACACCACUAGGAUAGCUGACGUGAACAUUCUGAACACAAGUAACAAAUGGAUCACAGCUGAACCACUUCCCCGCACUGAUGACUACAGCACUUGCCUAAUCGGAGACACACUGUAUCUUGUAGGUCAAGUCACUAAAGAAGUGUUUCGAGCUCAUGUACCCUCCCUCAUAUCACGAGCCAGUUCUGGUGUGUGGGAAUCUGUCGCAAGGGUGACAUUCUCUUGGUCAUCUCCCAUCGCCAUUGGCAACACCCUCCUGACUGUGGGGGGUAGUGAUGGAGGCAAAGCUAUCUCAAGCAUCCAUCUGUACGAUCCCACUAAAGACCAGUGGACACAAUGUGGUAACCUUCCCGAGGAAAUGGAAUGUUGUCAUUGCAUUGAGCUAUCUGGCAAACUGUGUGUACUUGGUGGUCUUAUACGUUUCACCACUACCAGAUCUGUGUACACAUCAAUCCCAAUAGUAGUUUAA